GGCGGAUUGCUUUUUGGCUAUGUGUGGUUGAUGUCUCGCAGUAGUGCUUGCACCAUGCAUGUUCUGACAUCUGGCCGACAUGCUCAUGAAGGAACGUGCUGGUGGCAGAGGAGCUGGACGAGAAUGUGAUUAGCGACGAUUCCCAUCUUUUCACGUGUAACUCAUGUGGCGCUUUUUGGCUCGAGGGUUUUGGCAGAGACAACCCCGCCGCAGCAUCGACGCAGCAGCCAUGGGCGGAAGCAAGCCGCGUGGAAUCAAGUGCGCGCGCAAGUUGGUGAUUCGCCGUCGCUCGCAGCUCUGGGCGGACAAGGACUACAAGAAGGCCAACCUGGGCACGAAGUACAAGUGCAAUCCCUUCGGCGGCACAUCCCAUGCCAAGGGCAUCGUCGUGGAGAAGAUCGGCAUCGAGGCCAAGCAGCCCAACUCCGCCAUCCGCAAGUGCUGCCGGGUGCAGCUUAUCAAGAACGGCAAGAAGGUUGCGGCGUUCGUACCCCGCGACGGCUGCCUGAACUUCGUCGACGAGAACGACGAGGUGCUGAUCUCCGGCUUCGGCCGCCGCGGGCACGCGGUCGGCGACAUCCCCGGCGUGCGGUUCAAGGUCGUGAAGGUGGCCGGCUGCGGCCUCGGAGCGCUCUACCGGGAGAAGAAGGAGAAGCCGCGCUCCUGAGGCGGGGGCCCGUCGGCGCCGCGCGCCCCCCCCCCAUUGAGGGAGGGCGUGGCCUCGGCGUUGCUGGAAAAUGGCCGCUCGACGCGCAGCAGAGAUGGUCAGAACUGAGGAGCCAGCUCGGGGCCCGGCACGCCGUUCUUGUUUCUGUGAUCGCCAAAUCUGCUGCGUGCAGCUGGUUUCGGCCUCGCCGCCGGGCGCAUGCCUCGACUCACUGGGCGCCGGGAGGCGCCGGGGAGAUCGAGCCGAUCCGCGGAGCCCGCUGCGCCCAGCCCUGGCUUGCCUGGAGGUCGCCGCGCGGAGAGCCUCCCCCGCUCGCCGCGCUGGCACGCGGGGAGAGGCUCGGUGCAAUGUUCC